AUGGAAGCGGCGUCUGCAGAGCCGCGGUCCCCGGGCGCGCUGGGACCGCUGGCUGCGCUCUGCUUGGUGAAUCUCUUCCUGACUGGGAAAAUUGAGAGUGCGGUCCCUUCCUUAGCCGCUUGUAGUGGAAAACCAGAGCAGCAUACAGAACGGCGAGGGGUCAUUUACAGCCCUUCCUGGCCACUCAACUAUCUCCCGGCCAUGAACUGCAGCUGGUACAUCCAAGGAGAUCGUGGCGAUGUCAUCACGAUUAGUUUUAAGAACUUUGAUGUGGAGGACUCUCCCAAAUGCUCCAUAGACUGGUUGAUGAUGGGUCCUUCUUCCAAAGGGGAGGAGUACAAAGUGUGUGGAUCUUUUAUCCCUCCUUCGUUCAUCUCUGCCAGGGACCACAUCUGGAUUUUUUUCCACUCAGAUCCAUCAAGUUCAGCGCAGGCUCAGGGAUUUCGCCUUUCUUACAUUCGAGGAAAGGUUGGCCAAGCCAGCUGCCAACCAGACGAAUUCCACUGUCUCAAUGGCAAAUGCAUCCCCAUCACUUGGAAGUGCAACUCCAUGGACGAAUGUGGGGAUAACUCGGACGAGAAAAACUGCAGCCUCCCCCCGACGGAGCCCCAAUCCAACCUCUGUCCUUCGGGGACGUUCCAGUGCAACAUUGCCCAUUCCAUCAAGUGCUUGCUGAACGAGCUGAAAUGCAACACCGUGAAAGACUGCAGCGACGGCUCCGACGAAGAAAAUUGCCCCGAUCUCUCUUGCGGCAAGAAACUGAGCAAUUUCUACGGGUCAUUUGCCUCGCCGGAUUUGUUCCGCCUGGACCGGAGUCGGGCCGACCUCUGUUGCACGUGGCAGGUGGACACGCAAGAUAACCGCCACGUUCUUCUGCAGCUCAGUUUGCAGCUGGGCUACAAGGAUUACGUGAAGGUGUACGAUGGCUUAGAGGAGAAAGCCGACAGGCUGAUCGAGACGCUCUCGUAUCGGAAUAACAAGCACACGGUCAGCCUGGAGUCCUCCAAGGGGCAGAUGACCAUCUUGUACUACGCCUGGUCGAAAAGCACCGGUCACGGGUUCAACGCAACCUAUCAAGUCAAAGGGUAUUGCCUCCCCUGGGAGCACCCGUGCGGGGAUGAUGAGGAGUGUUACUCCGAUAAGCAGCACUGUGAUGGGUGGUGGCACUGCGCCAACGGCAAGGACGAGGAGAACUGCCCCGCCUGUCAGAAGAACGAGUACCCCUGCGAGGGGAACAGCGGGCUGUGCUACUCCUUGCUCGACCGGUGCAACAACCAGAAGAACUGCCCCAACGGGUCAGAUGAGAAGAACUGUUUUGUGUGCCAGCCGGGGAACUUCCACUGCGGCACCAACCUCUGCAUUUUUGAGACCUGGCGUUGUGAUGGCCAGGAGGAUUGCCAGGAUGGCAGCGACGAGCACAACUGCUUGGUGAUCGUGCCGCGGAAGGUCAUCACAGCUGCUCUGAUCGGGAGCCUGGUCUGUGGGCUGCUGUUGGUGAUCGCCUUGGGUUGUGCCUUCAAGCUCUACUCUCUGAGGAGCAGGGAAUACCGGGCAUUUGAAACCCAGAUGACUCGCCUGGAGGCGGAGUUCGUAAGGCGUGAAGCUCCUCCUUCUUACGGGCAGCUGAUCGCACAAGGACUCAUUCCACCCGUGGAAGAUUUCCCUGUUUAUAAUGCAUCUCAGGCUUCCGUGCUGCAGAACAUCCGAACGGCCAUGAGGCGGCAAAUGAGGCGCCAUUCCUCGAGGCGCAGCUCUUCCCGCCAACGUUUGGGCAGACUCUGGAACAGAUUCUUUCACAGGCCGCGAGCGAGAGGCCAGGUUCCCCUCUUGCAUCCUACGCGCACCUCCCAGACGGUUCUGGGGGACGGGAUCCUGAACCGCGCAGACGGUACACCUGUGGAGAGUCUCCGGGCCUCUCCGGAAGAGGCUUGUGGCCCAUCUGGAGGGGUUUCUGAACCUGGCAACAGCCCCUCGGCCUUGGAGGCCGAAGCAGCGGAAGUCCCGUCUGCCGAGAGUGUGCCAAGUCCUUGCCCGGUGGCUCUGCCGGACGCUGAGGGCCAGCACAGCCGUGUGGCUGAAGAUGCCCCCGAGGGACAACUCACACAAGCCGGCAAGGCAGAUUCAGGGAGAACAUUUAGGGAUCCUUUGCUGGAAAGAGUGACAGAAAUUCACCAAUUCACCAGGUCACAUGGCAGGACAGCUGGAGACGGCAGACAUUCUCAGCUACUGAGGGAAGAACUGCCUCACCCAAGGCCCUUAAAAAACUGGGAGUCCAGGUACCCUGAAACCUACAGAGCCGCCCUCCCUCUUCGGGGGGAGCAGCCGCCCAAUGGUGACCCACACUCGUGCCACGAAGAACCUUUUGGCAUUCACCCUCCUUGUUGCCAUUCCAUGGAAGUGCCAAUAGCCGCCUGCCCACUCCCAGUCCCCGAAAGGAGUCCCAGUGAUGACGAGUCUUUGUUGGUGUGCUGAAGGGUCAUGUUCGCAAGGCAGAAGGUCAAUCCUGAGCUCGCGUGUGCCACAGCUGUGGGCAAAUGGCACAGGUCCCAUAAUCCACGUCCUAGGUGCAAUGACACUACGGGGCGCCUUACCUCGCUUAGCUCCCCCAUGUGCCUGCCGCAGUAGGACACCCCACCCUCUGCCUACACCAGCCAGGAGUGGGGCCAG